ACUACAGACGUCGUUACCUCCACAGGCAACGCUGACUGACAGAGAUAGUGUAGGAAUGUUUUGCAAAAUUCAGCAUUUAGAGAUGUUGCGUUUUACUUAAACAUUUGAGAAAUUCAUUGAGAACAUUUCUCUCCAUGGGGUGGCAUGACAUUUGUCUUUUGGACUCAGACAAAGCGGCAUUUGUGGCGUAACAAUGUCUCAGCAGCGGGUUGUACAACUCUCCACUGCCUCGCUCGCGCUGGUCUUUGGCAAGGACGAGGAGAGAUCGAGGACCGGUGGAGGAGUAUACAAUGCCAACACUGCGAGCGGCCAGGAGAUUUUUGCCGAUUUCAAGGCACAAAAUGUACGAAGUUUUUGGAAUAAAAGACUAGUAAAAGCUAUAGCCGAAGUUUACUUUCAAGGAUGGAUGGAAAAUCUAGUACUUUUCGUCCAGGGGAACGCGAACAAUUUGGAGGUAUUGAGAGAGGCAUGGAUGCGCAGGGCGCUGAGGUCACCCAAAGGAUUUGUCAUCAAAGCAGUCGGUGACCUGUCACCAGUGCAGAUGCUGCCUGUCCCCCAGUCCCAGUUCAUCCCCCUAGCCGAGGUGCUAUGCUCUGUCAUCUCAGACAUGAACUCCUCCCAUGUCACUGUCAACCAGGAAGCUCUCAUCAACCACAUGAGCAAGGCUCACCCAGGAAUGACAAUCCCAACCCAGGACAUCCUGUACAAUGCUUUGGGGACUUUAAUUAAGGAGCGCAAGAUCUACCACACAGGAGAAGGCUACUUCAUUGUCACACCCCAGACCUACUUUAUCACCAACAGCCUGGUCAGAGAGAAGAGCUGGUGGACCUCAGGCUCUGGAGACAACGAGAUGCCGUCUCCCCCGCCCAUCACAUACCUCCUCAGCAACGAGGCUUGCAUGGAGGCCAAUGCACAGCCCCCCCUGGUGGCUCACUGCAAGUCCUGCAGCUGCUUUGCUCCACAACAGCCCUCUUCCAGCGUGGCCACCCCCGCGGCCACUGCCACCCCUCCCUCCGUCCCCGACCAACAUUCGGUCUCCAUCUCCAUCAGCGAGUGCACCGGCAAGAGCCUGAAGUGGACGCGACCCUCCGACCACAAACCGUCCGUCCAGAACCAGUCCACCUCCACAGCAGCGGACUACCAGGCCAGUGAGGUCAGUAAGACCACGGGCACCACCGCCGCUGCCAGCCGCAAGGACAAGGACUACAAAGACAAGCCCGGCCGCAAGUUUGGCCUCAGCCUCUUCAGGAGGAAUGGAGGGAAGAAAGACAAACCAAAGAAGGAGUAUGCCUCGUACUCGGGCCAGUUCCCACCGGAGGAAUGGCCGGUGAGGGACGAGGAUGACCUGAACAACCUGCCGAGGGACCUAGAGCAUGCCAUUAUUCGGCGUAUCAACCCUGAGCUCACCGUGGACAACCUGACACGCCACACAGUCCUGAUGAAGAAGCUGGAGGAGAGGGGGGAGAGGUGCACAGCUGACAGGGAGCGGCCAGCCGACAAGGGGGUGGACAGAGGAGAUAAAGGGGUCGACAAGGGCAUGUCUACUGAGAUCCUGAAUUCCUCCAAGGCCAAGCACCACCACUCCUCCAGAACGGGGUUAGGAGCAGGGAGGAGGUCUGCCCCCAAGGCCUGUCGCAGCAAGAGGAGAGCCCACUCCUCCAGGGAGAAGCAGAGGGAGAGAGACCGAGAGAGAGACAAGGGGAAGAGGAAGGCGCCUCAGUGUGUGGAUGAGGACCCAGAGACAGAAGACCCGUUUCCUUCUCAUCUCAGACCGGAGGUCCCUGUCGAUGAACCAGACCACCUCGAGGACCCUGGGGAGGGGAAAUGCCUCUAUAAGAAACGCAUAGACAACCCCUUUCAGAGUGCACCAGGGUUGGACUCAGCUACGGCCAUUACCACCACCACCCCCUGCAACAGAGACCAGAAAAGAAAAGAACCCAAGGAGGGCAAGACAGGAGCAGGGAGGAGAGAGCGAGCAGGACACCGCUCCAAAUCCUGGGACCCUCACAGAGCAAAAAUGACCGCCGCUGAAGCAGAGCACGCUGGGAAGUCCCACACGUCCGAGGACAGAUCUUAUGAGUGUCUCCCCGACCACGGUUUCACCGCAGACCCCCUCCUCCGCACCAGCCCCAAGCCCGGCAGAGAGCUUCCAGCAGACUACAGCUCAGCCUACCCCCAGAGCAGCACGCUGAGGAUAGAGGACAAGGUCAAGCACCAGAGGGAGGGCAAGAGCAGGGGCAGAGAGAGCUGGGAGAGGGGGGACGGCAAUUACAAAAUGCUGCAGGAAGGAGAGUGUAGAGGUGGGACCAACCAAAGGCAUCCAAUCAGCCAAGCUAAAGGGGAUGACCACCCCAACACUUCCCAGCCAAAUACAGAUACUAAUGAUCUAGUCUCCACCCACCCCUACGACCCUGCCUGGGCUAAGCCCUCUGUCCAGCACAGACUGUCUCAAAGACAUGCAGACUUACAGGAAGAUGCCAACUACAGGGUGUCAUCGUGUCACAAGCCCUGCACUACAGCAGGUAACCAGCAGGGGGCAGCAUAUAACAACAGAGGUCCUAAAAGCCCAAGUCCGGAAGAGAGACAAAUAGCAGAAAGUCAUGCCUUCAUGGGGCAGAGGGAUGGCGACCACCACAGACCAUACCAGAGAGGGGAGGAAGAGGAAGAAGAUGCCUGUAGCUCCCUCUAUUUAAGUGAGGAGAGAGGGAUGAACAGCAGAGAGGGCUUUAAGACAGGGAUAGUCGACUAUCAUGACCCGCAGUCUGUCUACCAAGACAAUGACCCCGAUCCACAACCCCAAGAGCUCCCCGGUCACUAUCAACACUCCCGCCACCACCCGGACUCCUACUCCCCCUACAACCACCCCCACUCCCUACGAAGAAACUGGGACAGCACUUAUGCAGAGGACAGCCACUCAUCCACCCAGCAGAACACCUCUCGAACCUCUGUCAGACCAGAGGAGAAUAGCUGGGGUGGGGGGCCUAUCCACCACCACCAGAAAACCCAAUCUCCAGAUGCCAAAAGUAAUCCGAGCCCCAGACAAGCAGCGCCCCUACUGGGGGAGAGAAUGCACGAUGCCAGCCUCAGCUCGCAUCACCUGGAUCAUACCGAGGCUGCAGACAGCAGCAUCUUUGACUACUGCCAGACCAGCGAAGUGGACUCAGACGCAGAGACCCUGCAUAAAUCAGCUGAUGAGGGCGACGGGGAGUCCAAUCACUGGGGGUGUGAGACCGAGGAGCAGGAAGACAGUUUUGAGACCCUGCGUGAGCGAGGAAUUCCUCAGAGCCCCGGUGCAAUUCAGAGCACGGUGGGCGGAGCACAGGGAGGAGAGAUGGGGGAGACGGAGGUGGGAGGAGAAAGCCAGAGCAUCACGGGCGACAGCGGGAUCGACUCCCCGCGGACUCGAGUCAGCCUCUCAUCUAACAACACUGUGAUCCUGGAGGGGCUGAAAAGGAGGGGGUUUCUCCAGAACUUGGAGAAACUGCAUUCCAAGAGCACUGCCAUGAGACCACAGAGUUCCCUGCUUCAGCUCACUCCUGUCAUGAACGUAUGAGGCCAGUGAGUCUCUAAGUAAGAGCCCAUUGGGCCCCUGGUGGAGCUCUGUGUUAGAGCCCAUUGGGCCCCUGGUGAAGCUCUGUGUGAGAGCCCAUUGGGCCCCUGGUGAAGCGCUGUGUGAGAGCCCAUUGGGCCCCUGGUGAAGCGCUGUGUGAGAGCCCUAUAAUGCAGUUCUGUAGCUGGCUCCUGUCAUACGUGUGAAACCUGGGUCAUGUAGCUCCAAAGUGCAGGGUUGUAGCUCUAUGGUGCUCACUUCAAUAGUGUACAGAACAGAUGUAUAUCUGUUUAUGUAAAUACAAAAUGCAAAUAUAAAACCCCUGAGCUGCAUCUGUUUAACAUUAGGUUGAUGGUUCUUGUUUUAUCCAUGGUUUACUAGUAGCUGGUGUUAUUACAUACAUUGUGUACAGUGAUUGAAGCUAUAAAUGUUUUUGUUCCACAAAGCUUGAAAUGACAAUGACAAAUUUGGUAUCCUUCCUUCUCUUGUCUUAUCCAUUGUAGCCAUUAGACACUAAUAAAGGUUUAUGUACC